AUGUCUGCACCAAUCGCUCUUCUCUCCGUCUAUGACAAGACCAAUCUGAUCGAUUUUGCGCGUGAACUGCACGCAGAAGGGGUGCGUCUUCUAGGUUCAGGGGGUACUGCAAAGAAAAUUAGGGAUGCUGGUAUCCCUAUUGAGGAUGUCUCUGACAUCACGAAAGCUCCAGAGAUGUUGGGCGGUAGAGUGAAGACCCUGCAUCCUGCGGUCCACGGAGGUAUAUUGGCACGCGACAUUCCUCAAGAUGAAGAAGAUCUACGUGCACAGUCUAUCUCACCGAUCACGGUCGUUGUCUGUAAUCUGUACCCUUUCACUUCAACUAUCGCUCGCCCGGGUUGUACGCUCGCAGAAGCGGUAGAAGAAAUCGACAUCGGCGGUGUGACUCUCCUCAGAGCGGCGGCAAAGAAUCAUGCAAGGGUUUCCGUCCUCUCCGAUCCUUCAGAUUACGCCGAGUUUCUUGAUUCUUGGAAAGCAGGCAAGGGCAAUGUGGGUCAGACGAUCCGCAGCAAGUUCGCGCUGAAGGCAUUCGAAAUGACUGCCAAGUACGAUGAAGCAAUUGGCGGAUAUUUCAGAGAACAGUAUGCGUCUGCAGAUUUGACUCCAGAGAACCUUGCCGGACCCAUGCAACGGAUGGCACUGCGUUAUGGAGCAAAUCCCCACCAAAAGCCUGCUCAGGCGUUUGUCACGGAAGGGGAAUUACCUUUCAAGGCUCUCUGCGGCUCACCCGGCUACAUCAAUCUCCUCGAUGCUUUGAAUUCCUAUGCUCUCGUGAGAGAACUUCAAGAGGCACUCAAUUUGCCUGCUGCCGCUUCUUUCAAACAUGUCUCUCCCGCCGGUGCAGCCGUUGGUGUUGAGCUCAACGAGACCGAGAAGAGAGUAUAUGGUGUUGAUGAUCUUAAGGAACCACUGACGCCCCUCGCAUCUGCGUAUGCUCGUGCCAGGGGUGCCGACCGCAUGUCUUCGUUCGGUGACUUCAUUGCACUAUCUGCACCUUGCGACUUAGCCACCGCUCGGAUCGUUUCUCGUGAGGUUUCAGAUGGUAUCAUCGCACCUGGCUAUUCCUCUGAGGCCCUCGACGUACUUUCAAAAAAGAAGGGCGGAAAAUAUUGUGUUCUUCAGAUUAAUCCCUCCUAUAUCCCACCCGCGAUCGAAACACGACAAGUAUACGGCAUCUACAUGCAACAAAAACGAAAUGAUGCCAACAUUAACGCUAAGCUUUUUGAGAACAUUGUCACCAAGAAUAAAUCGCUACCAAACCAAGCUCUCACGGACCUGAUAGUUGCGACUCUUGCCCUUAAGUACACCCAGUCAAACAGUGUUGCCUACGCUUAUCGCGGCGCCAUCAUCGGGAUCGGCGCUGGACAGCAGUCUCGCAUCCACUGCACGCGUCUCGCUGGUACCAAGGCCGACUUGUGGUGGCUACGACACCAUCCGCGUGUCCUUGCGCUGCCCUUCAAGAAGGGCGUCAAGCGCGCCGAAAAGGCGAAUGCUAUCGACUUAUUCGUUGGCGGCGAGGUUCUCGAGGGCGGUGAAAAAGAACAAUGGGAAAGUUUGUUCGAAGAGGUACCGCAGCCGCUCAGCACGGAAGAGCGCACGAAGCAAGCGCGGCAACUUGAUGGUGUUGCAUGCUCCAGCGAUGCGUUCUUCCCCUUCCCAGACAACGUACAUCGCGCACGGCGGAGUGGUGUAAAGUACCUAGCUGCGCCGAGCGGGAGCGUGAUGGACGUAGAGUGCAUCAAGGCAGCAGAUGAGCACAAUAUGGUGUUUGCGCAUACGAGCUUACGGCUUUUCCACCACUGA